GCUCCUACAGUAAAUAUUUGUUUGCUCAGCCGGCUGUGAUGGUGGACGACUGAAAGAAAAAAGCGGAGAGACUUCAUCUCAAAAAUCUUGUCCCGGAAAAAACAAUAUUAUUCGUGGCUCGGAAGUAAAUGUCGACGAAUAUGGAUGAACUCAAGCAUCAAGUUAUGAUAAACCAGUUCGUCCUGACAGCUGGAUGUGCCGCAGAGCAGGCGAAACAGCUUUUGCAAGCGGCACACUGGCAAUUUGAGACAGCCCUUAGUGCCUUUUUUCAAGAGACAAAUAUCCCUUACGGCCCCCAUCAUCAAAUGAUGUGUACUCCCGCCAACACACCUGCAACGCCACCAAACUUCCCUGACGCGCUCACCAUGUUCUCGCGACUUAAAGCCUCGGAAAGCUUCAACAGCAGCAGCAGUCCUAGCAUGGCCACCUCGCCCCCUCCACCUCCGGUCAGCUGGGGCAUGACCCCACCCAUGUCCAACCAGCCGAGCUUAUGGACUCAGGGGCCUUCGCCCCAACAGGCCCACCCACCCCCUGGCUGGCCCUCAGCUGUCAACCAGCAAACGGCAACCGAACAGAAGGCUAGUGUCGCCAUGGAGGCCGAGAGAUGAGGGCCCAGACUACAUGGCCUCCUUCCCAACCUCCCUCACGCAGUUGAUGGGAAGAGCAAGAGCAGGGGAGAGAGGGUUAUGGCAGGGUCUGGGGCACUCGUUUUUCUUUCUCACUCACCAAGCAUGGAGGGGGAGAGAGCUA